UCUUGUGCAACGGCUUUCGCUUGGUGGCUGUGCUCGGUGUCACGCGCGAUAUGCGCUUGUCUUCUCAAGUUAGCUGUGAAUUGCGCAAUUGGUGACUCAGUUAACCUGUGCUCGCUUUUACCGAUCAGUGUCGUUUGGGAAGUGUGAUUGUAGUGUAGUUAGUGAUUACAAAAUAUCGUGGGGCGUGAUACCCACUGUCCUUUCUUUCUAAUGGUUCUCACACGUUCAGGAUCGGUAAAAGUAUUGCUAGUAACAUGGCUCGAGUUGUAGUAUAUGAGAGAGUCGUAGAUGCUGUUCAAACCAAGAUCCAUAUAGGCCAAACAUCCAAUAUAGAUAUCCAGAAUGGAAUAAAGAUUAAAGAAGAACCUGUCGAUGCAGUAAUGGAUAUCAAUGCUACCAACGAUUAUAAGCUUCUAAGGAGUCAUUCUAAACUAUUUGAAGGUGACAAAUCAUUAUUAUCCGAGAACGAAACACAACGUAAACACGUAAACCAUAAAACAAAAAAGUGUGUACGUGAUGAUUAUUCCGAGGAUUCAGAUAGCACUAAACUAAUCAAGAUUAUUAAUUUAAAACGUAAAAUUACAAGAAUUAUGCGUGAUACUUCGCCGAUAACUAUAAAGAAACCAAAAUAUUCCGAUAAAAUUGUCACCAAUGACCAUACCUAUGUAUCUAAAACAAAAAUCCAAAAUUUAAAUAGAAAAAAGGACAGGCGACUCAUCGCGUCAAAAACAGUUACUACGACUAAAACACAACAUAUAAACACUGCAGAAAAAAACAUUCGCCAAUGUGAAAUAUGCUUCAUGAUAUUCAAGAACUAUCGCAGCCUUAAUCUGCAUCGACUAUAUUUUAUGAAAAUUGGAAAUUUUCUGUGCCGUUCUUGUAAAAAGUAUUUCCCAACACAAGGACUAUUAUACUCACAUUCUGCAAGCUGUCGCAAAGAAUAUGAUUAUUCUCACCAACAUGAUUUACUACACUGUAAUUAUUGCAGUCGUCAGUUUAAGAAAAAAGGCGUCUUACAAUCUCAUUUGUUUCACUUACAUAUGGAAUUAAUCUCUCCGAAUAAUGUAACUGAAACUAAAAAUUCGAAAAUCGUCCCUGAAAGUAUAUCUUGUAAGUAUAAUACUUCGAGGAAUGACUUACAUGAAGAGACGCCAUGUCCAAGUAAUUUUGAUAAACCAAAAGAAUUAAGUACUAUGCUUAUUAAUAAGAAUUGUAAACAGUCUCGAAAUAGUUUCGAUGACACAACGAAGAUUGAUAAAUUAGUUGAAGAGGAGCCAUCCAAUGAGGAAAUGCCACCUAGAAAAAAAUUACGACAGCUAACAUUGAAUGAAUGUAUUGAAUUUUGCAAAAGAAAACACGAUGUCAAGAUUAACCAAAAGAAGUUAAAUAUCACGGAAGGUAGUUGUUCCUCUACAUGUGCUUCGAGUCAUGAUGAACAAGUAGGAGAAAAUCGCAAACCAAAGCUUUCAGAAGAGGCAGUACACAAUGGACAAGUUGAUACUUCAACUAAAAUAUCCAAUAAUAAUUUAGGACAAGUGACAAAUGUUUCCACUUUAGCGCAAAGUGAAAAGCAUGGAGAAUGUCCUACCAAAGAACCUUUUGUAAAAUUGCAUGCAAAGGUUGAAACAAUGAAGUGUUUUCUGGAAAGUCUUGCAGAUACAAAUAUCAAAAGUGAACUAGCCGAAAAUCAAACAAAUAGCACAGUGUCACACGAGCAUAGCAUUCCCUAUAGUUUACGGCCUAUGCGGGCUAUUCGGUUUUCGGGAGAUUUAGGCAGUAAGUUACUUAGAAAAUCUUCGCUUAACUCAAAAAGCAGUAUUGAAACGAAACAGAAUGUAAUUAGUUUAGACAAAGUAAAUUCAGGAUCUUCAACAAGUAGAAAUCAUUCUAGUUUCAAGGAUUGCUCAAUUACUUUAAAGAGAUGUGAUGAAAAAGUGGAAAAUCAUGAUCCCAUUUCUACAGUUCAAACUACAUCUGAACAAAAAUUAGUCUCCACAAUUACUGAGCCGAAGUCUGCGCAAUCUCAAAAGAGUAGUACAAGCAAUAACGUUGUGUUAAAAAAGUUAGAGGUUUCUUUGGAACGUUUAAAAACUGAAGCAGAUGAAGAUAGCCCGGAACUGGAAAAGGACGCCGAGACACAGGAUAAUUGCUUUUCAUGCGGAAUCUGCAAGAAGAGUUUUCCAACAAAAUUAAUGAAACGUGCACACAUUAAGUCGUAUCAUAUAGCAUAUAUGUCAAGUAUAUGCAAUGCGCGAUAUACGAUGAAACACAAAUUACUUCAACAUUACUUGCGCGAACAUACAUUUAAAUUAAAUGAGUGUUGUGUUUGUAAUGAAUUAUUACUCGAUUCUACAGAGCUGAAACAACAUUUAAAUUUUCAUUGUUUGAAAUAUCUCCAAAAUAAAAACGAUCAAUAUCCCAUAAAUAUUGAUAUAAAAUGCUCGACUAAGGGGACUUUCAAAUGCAUUAAAUGUGAUGAAAAGUUUUCGUCAUAUUUCUUGUGGUCAGAACAUGGUCGUUAUUGUCCGAACAUGAUCGUAAUUGACAAGGAAGUGAAAGAAGUUCAGGAGAAUCCUACUAAGGAAGCGAACGUGUCUUCAGAAGUCAUUCUUCAAGCUGAUCACAAAGAAGACGCCCAUGAAAGCACAGUUAAACAUGAUGAAAGGAUUCAACAUGAUGCCUCACCUGAACUUCUAGAUAAUAAACCUUUAGAAAAUGCGAACAAGAAUCAAGUAACGUCAACUGAUGAAGAGCUGAGAAGUAACGAAGAGGAGCCGGAAAUCAUCAUUCAAGAUUCGAGCAUCAUUGAAGAGGAUCUGAGAAUUAACGAAAAUGAGAAAGACUCUUUUAGUAGGAAAGCCAUUUUCAUCGUGGAAAAUGUUAGAUCUGUCAACAAAUCACAAGAGCUUAUCAAGCUUCCGGAGACUAAUAACCCCACAAUCAUCAAUGACCAGAAUAUUGCAAGUGUACAGCCGAACAGAAUCACAGAAUCAGGUAAGACGUAUCCAUGUGAUAUAUGCGGGAAGCGAUUUCAGAAUAAGAAGAACUUGGAACAACAUAUACGCAGUUACAGUCGCGUCAAUGUUUUCUGUCCGCUAUGUAAUACUGCAUUCAGCUCAAAACGUUUCCUACAAACGCACAUCGCCGCGGCGCAUGUGCCACAGCUAUCGAGGAACUAUAAUUUCCACUGUGUGUUUUGCAAUCAAGGUUUCACAAAGAAAUAUGAGCUUCGGCCGCACGUGUUGCACCUGCACGGCCGACAGAUGCUAGAAGCAAUUAUGCCCAAUUUUCCCGAUAAUCAAGGAAAAGAAGAACCGGAUAACGGAAAUGCGACGUGCACCGUAUGUAACUUGGCAUUUGAGACCCUUGAUCGUUACGUGGAACAUACGAUGUAUUACUACAAGGAUCACAAAUUCACAUGCACGAUCUGCUUGAAAGAUUUUCAAGGCAUGUACAUGUAUCAUCAUCAUAACAAGCUCACUCACUACUCGGAGGAUAAACGCAAGUCCUACAUUUACACUUGCAACAUAUGCAAUGAGGGUUUCAAUCACGAAUUACAUUUCUAUUCACACAAUAUGCAUGUGCAUUCCAAGAAAGAAAGUUCAACCGAUAUCGCGGGGCAGCGCGCAGAAAAUAAUCAGCCGGUAAUCAACGUGGAGGAAGAGGGGGAAGUUAUAGAUUUGUCUACGAAUCAACAAAAAAAGGUUGAACUAUUGUCCCCUGAGUUCAUUUGCCAAAUUUGUCAAUUACAGUGCACGGAUGCUGAUGAUUUGAAAAGUCACGAAUUAUUCUACACCAACGAUGGCGAUUUUAAAUGUAACCUCUGUAGCAGACGGUGCAAAACUCUCGAUUUACUUAAUCAGCACAAGAGCUUAACCCAUAUCUGCCGUGAUGUCUAUAAUGAAUAUAUGUGUCCAAACUGUGAAGAAAUAUUGCCAUCGGUCACUUCACUGAAAUGUCAUGAAAAACAUUUUCAUGUUAACUUAGUGUCCUGCGAUAAUGCGAAUAAUUGUAAGAACUGUAGCCAGACAUUUUUUUCAAGCACUGAAUAUAAGGAGCAUCAGUGUAAACCUACCAGCAGUAAGACUAAAGAGAAAUACAUAUAUCGUUGCUUUUACUGUGAUAUGAAGUUUCUUUCUCUCGAUAUGAUCCAGGCGCAUAUUAUUCAAAUUCAUUUCGGUAAGCUGUUGGCUAAACAUAUUGCUUCAAAGGCGGAACUACCCACCGUCGUUAGUGACGAUAAGAUUCAGAAGAAAUCCAUUCCGCAGCUAGUCGACCAAGUAUUGCUGUCUAGAAAAAAUCUAUCUCAAUCUUUUCCGCAAUCUGAUAAAAGCCCGAACAAUACUUCGACUACGCAGGAAACGCAGGAUCGAGUUGUCGUUGAACCAACUCCAGAUCAACUCAAAGCUUUAUUCCUAAUUGAUGUUGAUAAGCAAACGGCUCCGAAUGAAUCUGAAGCCGUUAUAUCCACGACGAUGGAAAAAGAGCAGAAUAAUCAAUCUAAAGCUGACACUCCAUUUCGCACAUCCACCGGAUCAACUAAUCACUCAAACCCCAAGAAGCAUCAUAAGCAAUUUUUAUCUGAUUCCUUUAAUAUAUCGUUAGAGCAAAUGUUAGAUGGGCAUUCGAUCUUCUCGUCAACUGAGUCCGCUAAGAAAUCUAAAGUAACUUUUACAAGUGUCCCAUCGAAGCCAGUCACCGGAUCGAACAUUCCAAUUGCCGUGGCGCCCAUCCCUAGAAACGAAGAGGUGCAAUUACAGAACCAUGUAUCAGUGAAUAAUAAUACUGAUUACACUUGUCCGUUGUGUCCAUUACGGUAUCCGUCUUUGAUGUAUUUCCACGCUCAUCUAAGAUAUAUUCACUCGGAUGUAAUCCGGAAUGAUUUGGUUUAUCCACAAUUGGACCAAUUGACCGAGAAGAUUCCUGCAAUAGAAUGUCUAUUGUGUCCACAUAUCAGCACUAACGAGAAGAGAUACAAGAGACAUUUACGAUAUUCCCAUUCGCCUCACAAGUAUUUCAUGAAUUUUAAAGAGACGAAGAAGAUCAGUAACGCGAGCAUUUCCUCAAAUGGACGAACAGUAAUAUCAGAAUCACCCGAAGUUAUUACUGUGGAGGAUGACGAUGAUAAUAUCAAGAGCACCUUAGUUGGGCCGACAACUGCCAAAACAGCUGUCGAGGAAACCACGCGCAUUCCUAACGUAGAGAAUGAGAAUAUUGGUAAAUUAAAAGUGAAACCCUUCGCAAAGAUUAUCGAGAACUUGACUAUUGAUCGUGAAAUGGAGCUAUUAAAAGGAAGUCACUAAGCAGCGCGUUCUUAUGAAGGUAUAGUUGAAUAAUUGAUCUCGGGAGAUGAAGUAACGACAACGUGCGUUUAUUUUAAGGAACACUAUCGAGAAUCCCGACGAUAUUUCAGCCGGGAAGGAAGCGUUGCGUUUUACAAUGCAAGAAAACUAACAAGUUAAAAAAGGAUACUAAUAGAGGAAGGUUGAAUUUGUAGUUUCCCUGCGACAAUGUGAUGAAAUGCGGCGGCGAAUGGAGGAAGGAACAGAUUUAAUAAAUAGAUGACAAAAAGACAAGUUACAUCGAUAAAAGGAAACAUUGUUUACAUUUAAAUUUCGGAAAAAAUAGAGUAGGGAUAUUAGUAAUAAGGGACAAAAUGAAAAUUAUUGAAAAAGCAAGAAACGUUUCGGAUAUAACUAUUCGUCGCGCGAAAAUAGUUGAAAAUAACUAUGAUGAAGAUCGCUGACUCAUGUAUUACGACAUUAAGCGGGUUUCCUCAUUCGGUGUAAGAAAAAUGAACAUAUUCCGUGAACUUUUUUGCGGAAAUGGAAAGGUUCACGUAAUCUUUUUGCACGUUGUUUAUUGAUGUUUAAAAAAUGUUCUUAAAUUUUCAGAAGUUUGUAAUUAAUAAUAGUAAUGAUAUUAUGUUGAAAACAAGGAAAUUAAAAAAAUAAUAGAGUCCAUAAUUGUUUUUCAAAAUGGUCUGAAACGGAUAAAUAAGAUUGCAUCUUAUUCUAUAUAACUGUAGCUAUCGUCAAUCCUACAUCAAUAGUUGUCAAAAACGUAAAUAACAAAAUAGCGGAAUUUGUAACAAAAAUGACCUGCAUUCCACGCGCCGCUCGAUUUAAAUAUUUAUAACUUCGCUAAUUUUUGAAAUAUCAUCAAACCGCUUUAAGUACAUAUUUUUGAGACUUAAGGUUUGAAAAAAUGCGAAGAGAAAAAUCGAAAAAUUUCAAUGUUAAGUAAGGAAAUCCUUUUCGAAAGAAUUUCUUCAGUUUCAGGGUGAAUUUAAUGUAUGGGUUCUACUAUACACACGACAUGUAAUAUUUUGCUAUGUAAUUAAACUGAUAUAUACAAGUGUAUGCAUGUAUGCGAUAAAACUGUUUUUAGGUAAGCAUAUUGUCUGAUUAUAUUUUGAAUUCAUAAUUUUGUUUGUUUUUGUCAAGUUUAGGAACAAUUAGUUGAUAUAUUAUAUCCAUUACAUAUUGAUAAAUACUAUGAAUUGUAUAUAAUUUAUUUCAUGAAGUUAAAUACUACUAAAAUUGCAUCUAAUGAUAAAUAUUUUAAGUUAAAAUAAUUCUCUCUCUCUCUCUCUUUCUCUCUCUCUCUCUCUCUCUCUCUC